GCCGCGCCCGCCGCCAUUUCGGCGCCCCAGGCGGAGGGCGGGGACGGCAGGGGAGGCAGGCGACCUCUCCGCGGGGGAGGGAGAGCCGGGCGCCGCAGGGGGGAAGGGGCCGCCCGCCAUGGCCCCGGGGGGGGAGCCGUGUGCUUCCCCGGCCGACCCCCCCGCCGCGGGCGGCCGCCGAGGAGCCGCCGGCCCUGCGCUCUGGAACCGGCUUCCAAAGUAAACAGGGCGCCCGCCCGGCCGCCCGUUCGCGCCGCGCCGCGCCGCGCCGCGCAGGAUGGCCGCGGCCAGCCCCAGCGCCGCCUUGUACCAGUCCAUCACCCGCUGCAGAGUAUCACACGACCUCUCUUACACUUUGGAAACAAGGAAAGUAGAAGUUAAAAAGCUUGUUCGGUUAGUUUUCCCAGGUCUGGGGACAAGAAGGCUGGGCACAAGAGGGAGUGCCAGGUAUCAUUAUGAUGGAAUAUAUGUCAAGAGGAGUUCUUCCUUUUAUGCACGAUAUUGCUCUCUUCUGUCUGAAAAAAAUUAUCACAGGCACCGUGUUCCACAGGAAAGGGACAGCUCUCUGUGCCAGUCAAGCACAUGUAUGGGUGCUGGUGGAGAUGCCUGCAGUUCUGGAGAUGCAGCUGGUUGCAAGAGCAAUAGCCAAAAAAAAGAAACAAAUGAAGAAGACAGAUUUGAAUACUUGUUGCCUGAAUUCAGGAGACUCUAUUCUUGGGAGCAAGAGCUAGGGAAGAACCACCCCUAUGAACUGGUUGCACUGCUUGCAGAUGAGUAUUGUAGCUAUUGUCAAGAUAUUUUACAGAAUGUGAGAAAGGAAGAGCUUGACAAGGUUGAAGACUGUAUCAUAUCAUUCUGGAAGUCUUUGCAGCCUGAAACAACGACACUUAUGUCAUUUCCAGAUGUAUGCCAGCUAUUCAAAUACUAUGAUAGGCAGCUAUUCAAGGAAAUGGAGAACAUUCUACUUGAUGAUUUCCUGGAGGAUGUGUCUAUACAAUACUUGAAGUCAAUCAGAUUGUUCAGUAAAAAUGUCAAACUUUGGCUGCUUAAUGCUUUGGAAGAGUUUCCAUUACUGCUUCGAAAGUCCACAUUUAAAGAAGUUACAGUGUUUGUAAAACGACUCAGAAGAAAGACAUAUCUUUCUAAUAUGGCCAAGACAAUGAGAAUAGUCUUGAACACCAACAGCAAAGUCACUGUUCUAAAAUCAGACUUGCAUGCUGUCAUCGAUCAGGGAUUUGUGGAUAUUCAUGGAAACCCCUUUCAAAAGAAGUUUAGGAAUCCGGAUGAACUGGAGAAUGACAUAGCACUCAAAUGCUUGAAUGACUUAAUAGCUUUGCUGGACACUUCCACAGAUAUUCGGAUUUUUCUCAACUGUAUGUCUUCAAAUCUUCAGGCUUUUGUCAUUCAGCCGAGCAAGAAUAAAGAGGAGUUUAAAAAGCUGGCAGCUAAUUUCCAGCUCAGAUGGAACUUCCUGUUAACUGGAGUAAGCAAAGCUAUGACACUCUGCCGUACAGUCAGUUUUGGAUCCUGGCAUUUGUUUAAUUUGCUGCUCUUGGAAUAUGUUGCUCACAUUUUCCAGUCCCACCUAGAGGAGGAGGGAGAUGAAAAUCUCUGUGUCAUAGAGCAAAAUGACUCAACCGUUCUGUUGGUUCAUGAGCCUGAGCAUCCUUUGGACGAUUUUGCAGAGCAGCAAUCUCAGACCGAAGCCCCACAGCCAACUCCUGUAACUUUGAUGCAGAGCCAGAGCGAUGUCAGUUUAAGCAACAUUUUUUUCAGAGUUCUGAGUUGUUUGGUGGACACGGACACAGGCAACAAGCUCAUCCAGGUCAUGUUGGAAGACAGAAUUACUAAAACUUCCUUUAAGUUGGAUCUUCCAAUUGGAAAGGAAGCACUUAUCACUCUAAAAGAUGGACAGAAAUUCAUUAUUUGUGCCUCUGAUACCGAGCAAAUCUCCACAGAACACCAGUCUGACUUUUGAAAAUUAUUUAUGAGGAUAGACCAUACUUACUUUUUGAUACUAUUUUAAUUUUUUUAAUUUAAAAUCUUUUUCUGUAAAUACUAAAUUCAAAACUGUGCUAAUGAUUAUUGGGCAGGGUUUUAAGUUUUCAUGUGAAUUAGCUAUUUGACUUUAUUUGAAUAAAUCUUCAGAAUACAAAGUGAAAUACUUAUGUUUUAUCUGUCUUGUAUUUCUGUCAUCAGUAAAGCUGAAGGUCUACCUGAAGUCAUUGUGGUGAAUUUAUCUGGAAGCUACUGAAUAGAUUAAUGACCCUGUACCAAUGCUGCUUUGUGUCUACAGUGCACAAUUUAAAAUUGCUAUUUAUUGCAUAUAGAAUUUAGCAGUAAUCCCUAUGUCUUGAAAAAUUCCUGCAUUGCUUCCCAUUGCUGCUGGAUACAAGAGAGUCGAUAUCUCAGAUGUGAAUCUAUUAACUGAAAUAAAAUAGGUUUUAAUGAUGUUAUUGAUUUGUUUAUAAUAUGUCAGAAACUUAAGCUGUUUAAACUUGCUCUGUAAGCACAGUACGAGCAAAGAAUCUAUAGAGAGAAAUCAUGGAAUAAAUUUAUAUGAAAUAUUAAAUAAAGAGAACAAAAGUUGUA